ACCGUUAGCGGCCCCAGGUCUUAGCAUCAUCGCACUUCUGGACCUUUCCAGAAAUUUCCACACCUAUCACCCGGGGCAACAGCCGGACCGGAAGUGACGGUUUAGCAAAGCUCGCGUUAGUAACGCACACUUCCGGUACUGGGCUGUUAACUGCGUCUGAGGCAGCUGCGACCGCCGAGCCGUGUGUGAGGUAACAUCCCCGUGUAGAGGAGGUUCCUACCAGACUCGUUCCAAAUAAACAAUGGUCGACUAUUACCAAGUCUUGGGAGUUCAUAGGAAUGCCUCUCCAGAGGAUAUUAAGAAAGCGUAUCGCAGAUUAGCCCUUAAAUGGCAUCCCGAUAAAAAUCCUGAUAAUAAAGACGAAGCAGAGCGAAAGUUUAAAGAAGUUGCAGAGGCUUAUGAAGUUUUAUCAGAUGCCAAGAAGAGAGACCUCUAUGACAAAUUUGGCAAAGAAGGCCUAACGGGAGGAGGAGGUGGUGGUGGCGGUGGAAGUCAUUAUGACAAUCCAUUUGAGUUCGGCUUUACAUUCAGAAGCCCAGAUGAUGUCUUUAGGGAGUUCUUUGGAGGAAGAGAUCCGUUUUCAUUUGACUUUUUUGAUGACCCCUUUGAUGACUUCUUUGGUUCUAGAAGAGGCCACAGAGGAAACCGAAGGCCAGGAGGUUCUUUCUUCUCCGCUUUUGGCGGUUUCCCAGCUUUUGGUCCUGGCUUUUCUUCCUUUGAUUCAGGUUUUACUUCAUCCUUUGGUUCCAUUGGACACGGUGGGUUUUCUUCCUUCUCCUCUUCAUCAUUUGGCGGUUCUGGAAUGGGCAACUUCAAAUCUGUGUCAACUUCGACCAAAAUGAUAAAUGGCAGGAAAAUUACAACAAAGAGGAUUCUUGAGAACGGACAGGAACGUGUUGAAGUUGAAGAAGACGGUCAGUUAAAGUCCUUAACAAUAAAUGGUGUGGCAGAUGAACUGGCCCUUGCAGAAGAAUGUAGACGCCGGGGACAGAAUGCUUUGCCUUCAAGCAGUAAGACUUCCAGAUCUCACAGACCUCCUGCCCUUUCCAGGCAUGGUCACAACUACAUAAGUGAUGAGGAGGAGGAUGACAGGCCGCGAGGCUCAAACGUUUAUGGGGAUUCUCACUUUUUAUCUUCAGGUGUGCAAAAAGAGAGCGGACACAAAGAAGGAAGCAAGAGGAAGAGACAGAAGCAUCGAGAGGAGCAAAAGAAAAUCAAGUCUUCCAAACCGUACCACUAAUGUGAACCCACAAGAUCUUUAUACCGUACACAGAAGAGCACCACCUUUCCAUGGCCGCAACAUUAACACCUAUCUUGUAUUUGUACAUAUAUUUCUAUUUGAAGCUUUGUCACCUUAUUAGACUAUAAUAAAAAUGAGUAGAGAUGGCUCCUGCCACUGGUGGUCCAUCUUUCUACACAUUGUGAAUUAGUUUCCCUCUGCUGGUACCUCUUUUGUACCCAGCAAAUGUGACACAGCUACACUUGGCACAGGGAAUCCUCUUCACAGGAUGUUGAAGAGAUUGUGGUGCCCUUAAGUUUGGUCAGUGCUUUUGCUAUUUCCCAGAAUUGUAAGGGGUUUAAAUUAUAUUGUGGUUGCACUAGAAAUUUUUGUUUUUCUUUUUUCCUUUUUUAGUGUAUAAAGCAGUUGGUACAUAUAUACAACAUGCUUAGUAGUAAGAGGUUUCUAUUUGGCACAUAUGUAAGAAUAGGUUUGCCAAAAAAGUAAAAAAAAAAUGUGUACCCUGGCUUGGAAAUAAAUGUGCCACACUGAUUUAUGUGGAA